AUGUCCGACCUUUACACCUCCCUUAAUGUCUCCCCACGCAAGAAGAGAUGCCCCCCAGAGCGCGACGAUGAUACUGUGAGCCCCAAGAAGCUCAGAAUGACGGCCCCCAGUCACCGCCCGUUCCCCUCACGCAAAUCAAAGCCAACUGAACUCCCCCAAAGCCUCUCUAGGCUAUGCACCAUCUACACCGAACUUCAGAGUGCUCUCUCACACGCUUUGGCCACCUGCGCCGUCUCACCAACAUCUGAUACUGGCAUCGUUCGAAACGUUCUCAAUCACAUAUCAUUGAGCACUUACACGGGUAUUACGACCAGUUUUGACGUCGAAGACCUUCGCAGACUUUGCUGGGUGCUGGAAUGGGAUGGCAAGACACGAUCUUCGUCGGUCUCAGAAGAAGAAAAUCCAUUUUUGGACGAGAAGCCGGUUCAGAAGGACUGGACCCGUGGAGGAAUGGGUGUUGUUAUUAGUGCCGCCUCUCAUCAUCUUCGUAUCGAAGGGAAACGAGUCCCAGCUUAUGGCUUGGGUAUUGAGGUCGAAAUGGACAUCGACAAGGAUAUGACCCCUGGCAUGGCUGCCGUUGCGCGUUGGACUGCCGAAAACGCUAAUCGUUGCAAUGCAUUCCGGGAUAAGCUACAGGCAUGGGUUAAGCUUCACCAAGACGUUCCAUCACUACCUGCACUCCCUCUUGCAGAUCUCCCUCGCUUGGCUGCCUCCAGCAAAUCUUCUUCUCUUACUCGAACUCUUGCUUCACUUUCCCCCAAGUCUGCUGCUCCGACUUUCAAACUCCCUGCGACACCUACCUCCCCAUCUCGUUCUCCCGUCAAAUCGAAACUUGCAGCACAAUCCGUGCCUAUUCCUUUCCCUCGUAUCGCCGGUUCGCCGACGAAAAACUCACUUGCUUUCCCCCAAACACCAUCCUCACGCACAGCGCGUUCUACAGAUGACGAGUUUUUUGCGCCACGUACCCCCAAAACUUCUCUGGUUUCUCCUUCGAAAACCGUUACAGUUCCUUCUACUCCAGUUCAUCAACGUGGCGCAAACGCAACAACAGUACCAGCUACACCUACAUCCUCGAGGCGACAAGCUCUCUAUGAACGCCUCAGACAACGAUCGAUAAGUGCUUCGCCAACCAAAGGGGCAGCCACGGCCUACGCAAGCGUUGUUUGCUUGGUCGUCUUGGGGGGUGUCGCUGAGGGCAUCUGGAUGCUCUUCUCUGCACCGACAGCCAGCGCUAGUACAACCGCCACGCCCCGCAAGCGUCGGGCCUUGCCAUUGACUGAGGUCACUGCUGCGGUUAUAAAAUCGUCGCCCGUUCCUAUUUCCUCUGCGGAAGCGGUCGACUCUGUGGCCAUGCUUGUAAAGCUUUGUCCGUUCUUCCUGAAACAAUUUGCUGUCGCCGGCGAAGCGUGGCUCGAAAUGCCAGCUUCGUCGACGAGUUUAGAUGCCAGCCCCUCAAAGAAGUCAGGACCGGCAAGUCCCGGAAACGGGCAGUUGUUGGUCACCCGAAGCCCACGCAAAGUAAAGAACGAGGCCGGUGGCUUGCGUGAAGUGCGGGAAAUUAUUCGUCGGGAGCUUGAGUUGCAGGACUAA